GAUAAAUUGUGUCAACGGGGAGUAUGGCUCUGCUUGCAGGUCAGGGGUGCGGGUAAAAGUUUUCCGUAACUACCUGAAACUGUUAAAAGUGGCUCUUAAACGCUUUCAGGCGUUUGUUUUAUGCGAUACGCUAUCGCAAAGAUCUCUUGUUAACAGAAUUUACAGCCAGCCGGACUGCGCUGACACUGACAGCUGGAAAGUAAACAGCUCGAUCAGCUAACAGAAGCUAGCUCCUCUAUAACCGCCACUAGGUUAGCUGAGCUGGUAAACCGUCGAGAGCAAGCUAACGUUAGCCGGCUAACCUGUGAGUGUAUUUGGUGGCGUUAAAUUACAUCACCAGGACUUGCCAGCACCCUCCCAUCCUAAUUUUUGUCAAACUGCUCCGACGAAGGAUUGCCACAACAGCAUUUUCCAUUCAUGUUGUUUAAGAGGACGAGACUAGCAAACCGUCUCUUCUUCGAGCCAGGGAGUCAGUGUGUGUCGCCCCAGCUGAAAAGGUGAAAGUCACCGGUCCUUACCCCAGACAGAGAGGUGCCAACAGAGGGACAGGAUGCCUAUUCCUCCCCCUCCCCCUCCUCCCCCAGGACCCCCGCCUCCACCCACCUUCAAUGAGGCGAACACGACUCCUCCCAAACUGAAUGCAUCCGAGGCUAAAGGCAGAGGAGCGCUGCUGUCAGACAUUUGCAAAGGCACCAAGCUAAAGAAGGUCAACGCGGUCAAUGACCGAAGCGCUCCGGUUCUAGAAAAAUCAGGAGGUGGUGGUGGUGGUGGUGGAGGAGGAGGAGGCGGCGGAGGAGGAGGUUUUGGAGGCGGAGGGCCAAUGGGAAUGGGAGGCCUUUUCCAAGGAGGUGUGCCAAAAUUACGCCCAGUUGGAGAUGGUUCAGUUGGUGGUUCAGUGGGCAGAUCCGCCCUGCGGCCCCCGGUGUCCCGGCCUGCAGCACCUCGCCCCCCAACAGGCCGCUCCAGCUCGCCCUCCCCACCCAACAAGCCUUCUCCGUCAGAGCAGCGCUCCCACCGCCCGUCGCUGCCCGACAUCUCCCGCCCCUCCAGCAGCAGCAGCAGCUCAUCCACAGGAAGUGGGAUGAAACACAGCACUUCCGCCCCGCCUCCUCCUCCACCCUUCAACAGAGGUGGUCGUGGCAAUGCUCCACCUACCCCCAAUCAGAAAGCAUCAUCAUCCUCCUCUCACAACAGAGAGAAGCCCCUUCCACCCACACCCAACAGAGGCCACACCCCUUCCAGCUCCGUGAAGCCACCUCCAUCUUCCAGCAGACCGCCAACAGGUGGCUCUUCUGCUCCUCCACCUCCCCCGCCAUACAGACCGCACACAUCGGGCGGCGUCUCCAACGGACCGUCCCAUGUAGACGGGGGCGGGGCUCCGGAACUGCCACAGAGGCACAACUCCCUGCACAAAAAACACACAUCUGGAGGACGCAGCCAUGCUCCACCCCCACCUCCUUCAUUGUCUCCAUCCUCCCAGCAGGGCAGCAGACCACCACCACCUGCCAGAGAGCCUCCUGGACGCAGAGCAGCUCCCCAGGUGCCCCCUCUCGGGUCUCGUAACGGUGGUCGAGACGCCCCUCCUCCCCCGCCUCCAUACCGCGUCCACAGCUCUGUGACCUCAGAGCCCCACAGCCGAGUGGGCAAACCGCCUCCACCUCCCUCCUCUUCCUCCGUCUCAUCAUCAUCCUCCUCCUCCCGAACCCCAGCUGGACCCCCUCCACCGCCCCCUCCCAUCCGGAACGGCCACUCCUCCAUCUCCUCCUCCAAGUCCAUCAUAGAUGAUUUUGAAUCCAAGUUCAACUUCCACCCGAUUGAGGACCUUCCACCUCCAGAGGAGUACAGGCAUUUCAACAAGGUCUACCCCAGCAAAAACAACAAGGCUAUGAUGAGAGGAGCUCCUCCAGCACCGCCAGUGGGGAGGUGAACGGAUCUCAGCUCAGGACUUGAACUCUCAGUCAGCCGACUCCAUGGAUGGUCGGUGGGAAUUGGGGGGGUAGUGGUGGAGAAGCACUCAAAUCACAAACACACUACAACACACACACACAAACACACUAACACUAAACCACCAGCUGGAAGCACAGUGAAGGUAAACACUACUACACCACGCAGGUUCGACACGACUCAGCAGUCACCUUCUUUCUUUGCACAAGAGAACAGAAAACCACUCGGUGGCGAGAACCAGACUCGACCUCUCUGACUGUGACCACCUCGACUUCUCCUCUGCUGACGGGACGUCGAGGCUUCCGUUUGACACGACAUAUCAGGACCAAACUCCGAACACUUCCAAAUCUGUGCAUUCCAUCAUUUUUUUAAUGCAUAUAGUGAUUUUCAUAAUUCUGAAUAACAUCUUUUAUUUUCUUUGAUGUUAUUAUUUUGGUGUCAGCAGAAAUUUGUGGGGUGGAAUUCAACACUACGAAUGGAAACUGAAUUUAUGUUUCCAGCAGAUUAAUUACACUUCCCACAGAACUGAUAAUGCCAUGAAUGUGGGGCUUAGUGAUUUUUUUUUGUUGUUUGUUUGUUUGUUUUUUGUCUUAAAUAGCCAUUCAAGCAGUGCCAGGUGAGGGUGCGUUUGAAUCAAAUCUCUGUGUCAGUGUGCCAAAAACAGGUGGAGUCAAAUGAACCGCACAGAGUGAGCACAGUUUUCCGUACUUGUUCUAUAUAUAAUUGACAUGUUUUAGAUUCUCUCUCUCAUCAUGGAUGCAUUUCUGGAAAGCUAUGACAGAAGCCUGCCUGGUUGUUUAUUGUUACAUUUACAGUGGGAAUAUUUCCUGCUUUUUUGUCCCCUCUACUUUCCUUUACUUGGGGCUGUUAAUAUUUCCAUCUUCAGGCAAUGCUGCGCGGCUUCUUCACUGCUAAACACUGUGCACGACAUUUAUUUACGCACUUGUGGUAACAGAAGUCUAUGUGACAACAAUCUCGAAGAAGAGGGACCCAUCCCUACUUGUUCCUAGUGUGUCUGACAAACUGUAGUUCACAUAGCCAGCAUCCUAUUCCAAUGAUUCCUGUGUGGUUCCACAGUGGAGGCCAACACUAAAUUACUGUUUGUUUACUGGACCAAUUGUACAUGAUUUAGUUGCAGGUUUGCAGUGCAGAGUUUUGGAGGUGUUUAUAAGGGAUCAUUUAUCAGUUUUCUGUCCAGGGAAGUCAGUCUAAAAGCUCAACUCUGUUCUGAGUCCAUCAUUUUACUUUUGCUGCUGGUGGCCCUUUUUAUAGAAGGACUGUUCAGCCAGAGAAAGACAAUAUAUUGAUUAAUUGCUAUGCAAGGGGCAGUUUGUACAGAUUGUAGUUGGUAGCAGCUAACCAAAAAAAACAAAAAAAAAAACACUUAAGUGCCAGAGAACCAGUUAAGCAGAUGGAGGUUCCUUACUACACUUUUCAUUACGCUUGAAUUAAAACACUAAUUACGUCAUAGUCAAACUAAGAUGCCAUGCAGGAGGAAUGAACAGAGAGAAAAGCCUGUUCUGGUCAGAUUCUUCAUUCUCAGUGAUACAGCGCCUCCUGCUGGACCUUGCCUUACACAAAUCUGUUGUCACUCUCAUCGGUACCAGUGCUUUUUAUUUUAUUUUUGUUUUUUUUUUAGGGGAAGAUGAUGACAACAAGGUAAAUAAGAAACAAGUUUAUUUGAAAAUGCAAUAAAUAUUGUAUAUUUACAUUAAGGAAUAUGGUAAUCAUAGUUAAUGAUCUAUUUUUAUGUUGUAAAAAGCUUGUAAUAUAGGAAAGAGAAAUGAUUAUAACAGUGUUCCAGUCAAUGAGCUUUGGUCUGAUAGAGCAGACUCUGUAGCACUUCUCUGGAUGUUUGGCCAUAAGGGUGAAUUAGAUGAAUGGAUGUGUGAGGUUUUUCCAACGAGCCAAUGUUUUGGGGAUCCUGUUUGUAAAGAGCGGGUACUGUAUUUAAGGUGGGUCUGGUUGGCAGAUGACAGCGACAACGCAAAAAAAACAACAAAUGGAACUACACUUCUUGUCCUGGAUGUAUGCUCACCUUGUCACACAGGUGUCCCAAUACCUUUGUCUCCUCCUGUUCUCACCUUGUCCACUCUAAGAGCAAAAUCCCUGUGGUCAUUUCAUGUUAAUCAACCAUGUUUUUAUCAUUUGAAAUAAUUUCAAAUAAAUAUGGGGAAAAAGGGUA